UAUUUGGCACUACGGUGUUUACCACUGGUUACGCACCUUGAAUGCAUCGAAAGUAAACUGGUGAGAUUGUGGAUUUUAAAUCGAAAGCAUGGUCAUGGCUGAUAGAUACGUUGAAGAUAUACGAAAUGGAAGAAGAUUUCGCGGUCCUAGUCCUGCAAACGGAUUCUCCGAAGACAGCAGCGACGAGGAAGAACGUGGUGGAGGCGGUAUGCGUGUUGGAAAUGAUUUUCAAGUGAAAGUUCCUGCCUUUGACCCAG